AGGAGUUGCGUUAAUUCCGACAGUUGAUGAAUGAACCUCCUGAAACAGCUGUUGUGACAACUACCAGCCCUCUAUGCUUUCCCUCCGUCCCUUCUUCUUCCUAUGUCCCAAGUCCUAUUCUUUUCCACGCAAAUGCAAAUUUCCCAAACCCAUUUACAAUUAUCACAAGUUACUGUGUGAAAAUUUGAGUUUUUCUGCUUUCAGUACUGCAUUGAGCUAUGCCUACACAUGCGAUGAAGGGGAUGCAAAUGCUAUUGAUUUCUUGCACAUCAUGGAAGAACGUGGGGUUCGUGCCAAUUCCCAGACCUAUUUGUGGCUCUUAGAAGGGUGUUUGAAUUCUGGGUCGUUUUCUGAUGGUUGGAAGCUUCAUGUGAAGAUUCUGAAGAUGGGUUUUUGUGCUGAAUUGGUUUUGUGUGAACGUCUUAUGGAAUUUUACAUUGCCUUUGGUGAUUUGGAUGGUGCAGUCAAGGUUUUUGAUGAAAUGCCUGUGAGACCCUUGUCUUGUUGGAACAAGAUUUUGCAUAGGUUUGUUGCUGAGAAGUUGACUGGUCAUGUUCUGGGUUUGUUUAGGCAAAUGGUGAGGGAAGAGGUGAAGCCUGAUGAGAAGACUUUUGCUGUGGUUUUGAGGGGUUGUAGUGGCGGUGCUGUUCCGUUUCAGUGUGUGGAGCAGAUACAUGCAAGGGCUAUAACUCAUGGUUAUGAGAAUAGUUCGUUGAUUUGUAAUCCUCUGAUUGAUUUAUAUUUUAAAAAUGGUGUUCUGAAUUCUGCUAAGAAGGUUUUUGACAGUUUACAGAAGAGGGAUAGUGUUUCUUGGGUAGCUAUGAUAUCCGGUUUAUCACAAAGUGCAUGUGAAGAAGAAGCAGUCCUUCUAUUUUGCCAGAUGCAUACGUCAGGAAUCUGUCCUACCCCUUAUAUAUUUUCAAGUGUUCUAAGUGCCUGUACAAAAAAAGAGUUUUUUGAUCUUGGGGAGCAGCUCCAUGGCCUUGUUCUGAAGCAGGGAUUCGCAUCUGAAACCUAUGUUUGCAAUGCCCUUGUAACAUUAUAUUCCCGUUUAGGGAACUUGACUUCUGCUGAGCAGAUUUUUAAUGCAAUGUUGCAGAGAGAUGGUGUUUCAUAUAACUCACUCAUCUCAGGUCUAGCUCAACAAGGUUAUAGUGAUAGAGCCUUAGAGUUGUUUAAGAAAAUGCGUCUUGAUGGCCUAAAGCCUGACUGUGUUACAGUUGCUAGUGUUUUAAGUGCCUGUGCAUCAAUUGGGGCUCUUCUGAUUGGAAAGCAAUUCCACUCAUAUGCAUUAAAAGCUGGAAUGUCUUCAGAUAUAAUCUUGGAAGGUUCACUGCUUGAUCUUUAUGUAAAAUGCUCGGAUAUAAAAACUGCCCAUGAUUUUUUUCUUUCAACUGAAACUGAAAAUGUAGUGUUGUGGAAUGUGAUGCUUGUGGCUUAUGGCCAGUUAGACAAUCUACAUGAAUCGUUUAAAAUAUUUACACAGAUGCAGAUAGAAGGCAUUGUACCUAAUCAAUUCACCUAUCCAAGUAUUUUAAGAACUUGUUCUUCCUUGGGAGCUCUUGAUCUAGGAGAACAAAUUCAUACUCAAGUCCUAAAAACUGGCUUUCAGUUCAAUGUGUAUGUCUCCAGUGUGCUUAUCGACAUGUAUGCUAAACAGGGAAAAUUAAAUACUGCCCUGAAAAUCUUUAGAAGAUUAAAAGAAAAAGACGUCGUUUCUUGGACAGCCAUGAUUGCUGGGUAUGCACAACAUGAAAAGUUUGCUGAAGCUCUCAACCUCUUUGAAGAAAUGCAAUAUCAGGGGAUACAAUCUGAUAAUAUUGGAUUUGCAAGCGCAAUCAGUGCAUGUGCAGGUAUCCAAGCACUUAAUCAAGGACAGCAAAUUCAUGCUCAGUCAUGUGUCUCUGGUUAUUCAAAUGAUCUUUCAGUUGGUAAUUCACUUGUUAGUCUUUAUGCUAGGUGUGGGAAAGUACAAGAAGCAUACCUUGCUUUUGAUAAAAUAUAUGCUAAAGAUAAUAUAUCAUGGAACUCAUUGAUAUCCGGUUUUGCACAAAGUUUCCAUUUUGAGGAAGCGCUGAAUCUAUUUUCUCAAAUGAAUAAAGCUGGACUGGAAAUCAAUUCAUUCACAUUCGGCUCUGCAGUUAGUGCUGCUGCGAAUGUUGCUAAUUUUAAACUAGGGAAGCAGAUUCAUGCCAUGAUCAUAAAAACUGGCUAUGAUACAGAAACUGAAAUUUCUAAUGUUUUGAUCACACUAUAUGCAAAAUGCGGUAGCAUUCAUGAUGCUGAAAAGCAAUUUUUUGAAAUGCCUGAGAAAAAUGAGGUUUCUUGGAAUGCCAUGAUUACUGGUUAUUCUCAACAUGGUCAGGGAUUUGAAGCAUUAAACCUCUUUGAGGAUAUGAAGCAGCUUGAUGUAUUGCCAAACCAUGUCACCUUCGUGGGAGUUUUAUCAGCAUGUAGCCACGUGGGUUUGGUGGAUGAGGGGAUUAGCUACUUUCAAUCAAUGAGUGAAGUUCACAGUUUGUUGCCAAAACCUGAACAUUAUGCAUGUGUUGUGGAUCUUCUUGGGCGAUCUGGUCUUUUAAGCCGAGCAAGGAGAUUUAUUGAGGAGAUGCCAAUUCAACCGGAUGCAAUGGUCUGGAGGACCCUUUUAAGUGCCUGUAUCGUUCAUAAGAAUAUUGAUAUUGGAGAGUUUGCUGCAAGCCAUCUUCUGGAACUGGAACCCAAAGAUUCAGCGACCUAUGUUCUGCUAUCAAAUAUGUAUGCAGUGACUGGGAAAUGGGGUUGUAGGGAUCUAACAAGGCAAAUGAUGAAAGAUAGAGGUGUUAAAAAAGAGCCUGGUCGUAGCUGGAUAGAGGUUAAUAAUUCAGUUCACGCAUUUUUUGCUGGUGAUCAGAAACAUCCUUGUGCAGAUACGAUAUAUGAAUUUCUCAGAGAUCUUAAUGAACGGGCAGCUGAAAAUGGUUAUGUACCACAGUCCAAUAGCCUUCUGAGUGAUGUAGAACGACGUCAAAAGGAUCCAACACAAAUUAUUCACAGUGAGAAACUGGCAAUUGCUUAUGGUUUGCUUAGUUUGUCUGGCUCCACUCCUAUCCAUGUUUUUAAAAAUCUUCGUGUUUGUGGUGAUUGCCACAAUUGGAUUAAGUACAUUUCUAAGAUCUCAGAUCGAGCGAUCAUAGUGAGAGAUUCAUAUCGCUUUCAUCAUUUUAUGGGUGGUAUUUGUUCAUGUAAAGAUUACUGGUAAGAAGGCAGCAGGUUCACUAAAACAAAUGCAUCCCCCUAAUCUUGUGUGACAGACUGAAAUUUAUGACAAGUGUUGCAGAAUUUUUUCAUUAGUCACCCUAUUCAGUGGUGAACAAUAAUAACUGAAACAUUUCAUGAGCUUUCACUGCAUGCACUCUUUUUGACGCAUCUAUUGGUGACAUUUGGUUUGACCCACAACACUGAUUUGUGAAGUUCUUCCAUGGAUAUCAUGGU